GAGUGUCUUCGUUUCAAUAAAAUGCCUUUCAGCCCAUUUGUUUACUAGUCGCGAAGUUAAUGAAUCAUUCUUGAAAACUGCCCGACCGGACUAUUAAAAGUGCAUUUAAACAAAACCAAAUCGGCCACACACGAGCAGCCCAAAGACCAUGACCAAUAUCCGAACGCUGGUGCCGGAGCUGGCGGAGCAGGCUCGCAUGAAGCUCAAGGAGGAUGAGACGACCAGGGCGGAGUGUAUCGAGGCGCUGCGCCUCUGGAUCACUGAGCUGAGUUACCUGCAGGCGCGCACCGACGAUCAGUUCCUGGUCGCCUUCUUGCGCCACUGCCACUGGAACGUGGACGAAGCCAAGAAGCGGGUACUGUUCUAUUACACAUACAAGUCCAAAGAGCUCGAUCUUUUCAAGAGUCGCCUUGUGGACGAUAAGCUGCUGGAGAUGGCUCGCUCUGGCAUUUUCGCCACGUUGCCCACUCCGAUCGGACCCGGUGGCCCCCGCAUCCACUACACACGCAUGGGCCACAUAGAGCCAUCGAAGCACAGUGUGAGCGACAUUUUCCGCUUCCAUGCUUUCCGCGCCGAAAUCGAGAUCAACACGGACGACAACUGGAACAUUGCCGGUGUGGUGGAGAUAAUUGAUUUCACCAAGAUCCCAUACUCCUUGCUCCUCCAGUUCGACCCGGGUAUGUUCCGGCGCAUGAACUCCUUCCUCGAGCACGGCAUACCCACGAAUUUAGUUGCCACCCACAUCGUAAACGCGUCGCGCGAGACGCAGUUCGUGCUCGGCCUGGUGCGCAAUGCGAUGAAGCAGAAGGAGCUGCUGCACAUCCACUCCAACCUCGAGUCGCUGCAGCGCGUCAUCGGCAAGGAGUAUCUGCCCGCGGAAUUGGGUGGAGACAACGGCACCCUGGGCGACGCAAUGACCCGCUAUGAGACCCAGCUGACCGGCUUUGCAACGUACUUCAAGGAGGAGGAGCGCAAUGGCGUGGAUGAGAAGCUGCGUGAGGCCAGCGAGAAGGAGCAGGAGAAGACCCCGCCCCUGGGGGCUGGUGUCGCCAACGAGGGCUCCUUUCGCAAGCUCAACUUCGAUUGAGGCGGCGUGAUGGCGGCCCAUUAAAGUGUCGUGUGGCAGUUAGUUGUAUAUUCAGAUGCACAUACUACUAUUUACACCCCUCUCUAUAUAUACAGACAUACAUACGUCCCGAUAUGUACACACAAAUGUAAAAAUACCACAGCGCUAUAGCGAUCCUUGGUCAAUGCAAAACCUGAUAUUUUAUAAAAGAAAGUCCUAGUAGAGCAGCUGCAGCAUGGAACCUAAAGGCCUACAAUUCAAUAAUAUUAUAAACAAAUCCACACAGAACAAAAAAAAAGAAAGAAAACAAAAGAAAGAAUAUGAGUAUGAAUAUGAAGGGCCAUCAAAUGGUAGAGAAAACCUCACAUGAAUGUCGAUUAUAAUUUAUUGUUGUCCUUAUCAACGCACACCCAUACUUAAACAAAUACAUUCUAACAUACGGCUUUGCCUCGACAUUUUAUCCGCCUCCAUUAUCGAAUUUCGCUCACCUCACGAUGACGACCGUCGUUUCCGCGUCUUCUACUUACUAUGUGCUAAGUUCUGUGUUGGCUUUUAUUUUAAACGCAUACGCAUACACAUUUAUAUACAUACAUCCAUACAAACAUUCAUGCGAACAUACAUACAUAUUUUUUCGAUAAUUUUUGCGUUAGUUAAGUGUCGUUUCUACUAAUUUUUGAUACUAGUUUACACCAUGUACAUGUACACACCUAUAUUCGUAUGUAUCGAGAUACAUACAUAUUAUAUCUAUAAUAUAAAGUCGAAAUACAAACAUACAGUUUAUAAAUGACAACGUAUUGUAGUGUCCCCUGUUGAGUGCGUUAAUAAAUUA